AUGGAUACCACACCUCUCGAUGAGCAAGUUCCCUUGCCCGGCCAGUGGCCAGUAGAUCCUCAGGAAGAUGUUCCCAUCUCCGAGGAUCGCAUUUGGGUUGACGGGUGCUUUGACUUUAGCCACCACGGCCAUGCCGGCGCCAUGCUUCAAGCUCGCCGUUUGGGCAAAGCUCUCGUUGUGGGCAUCCAUUCCGACCAAGCAAUCCUGGAGAACAAGGGUCCAACGGUGAUGUCCUUGGAUGAACGUGUCGCCGCCGUUGAUGCCUGUCGUUGGGCCACUCAGAGCGUCCCCCAUGCCCCCUACGUGACCUAUCUGCCUUGGGUUUCUCACUACGGUUGUAAGUACGUCGUACACGGCGACGACAUUACAUCCGACAGCGAUGGCAACGAUUGUUACCGAUUCGUCAAAGCCGCAGGUCGCUUCAAGGUUGUGAAGAGAACUCCAGGCAUUUCCACUACCGAUCUUGUCGGCCGCAUGCUUCUUUGCACUAAGAACCACUUCGUCAAGUCCGUCCGAAAGACACUCGCUGGAGAGGAAGGAUCAGGAAGCCCCGAGGAGCGCACGAAGUUCGCCGAGGAUCUCCUGCAGCGUAUUCAAGAUUAUGCGACUGACGAGAGCGGCCUGCAGUCUGGACCUCAGGUGUGGACAUGGGUGGGUUCUGGAGAAGCCAAGAUCGACAAUGAGGUUGGAGAAGCUGGAUCUUUCGAGUCUCUGGUCGAUGGCAAGGGCCCCAAGCCUGGUCAGCGCAUCGUCUAUGUGGAUGGAGGCUUUGACUUGUUCUCUUCCGGCCACAUUGAAUUCCUCCGAAAGGUGACGGAGCUGGAGGAGGCCGAGGGCCGUCGACGAGGCUGGUAUGAGCCGGAGCAGCGAGAGAAGCGACUCCGGGAAUUCAAUGAAGAUUAUGGCCCGGCCUAUAUCCUUGCUGGUAUCCACGACGACGGUGUGAUCAACCACUGGAAGGGAUUGAACUACCCCAUCAUGAACAUCUUCGAGCGUGGUCUUUGCGUUCUUCAGUGCCGCUACAUCAACGCGGUCAUUUUCUCGGCGCCCUUCACCCCCAGUCAGCCCUACCUGGAGGCAAUGCCGCUGGGCACACCGGACGUUGUUUACCAUGGACCCACUACCUUCAUUCCCUUAACAUAUGAUCCGUACAGUGACCCCAAGAAGAUGGGAAUCUUCCAAGAGGUGGAUCACCAUGCCUUCCAACAUGUGAAUGCUGGUGAAAUCGUUGGUCGUAUCCUGAAGAGCCGGGAGGCGUACGAAGCUCGGCAGCGGGCCAAGCUGGAGAAGGCUAUUGCCGAGGACUUGGUGAAGUCCAAAGAGCAGGAAUCCUCUGCUUAG